AUGGCCCUACCAGGAGUCUUUGGCAAAAAGCACCAGGGGAUACCAGAGCUCAACCCCGGAGAUAUAGAGGAUCUGAGGCCUGCUACACUCCAACUGAAAAAGAAAUAUUGGCAGCGUAUGAAGGAGUUUGAGCUGCUUUGGAAGUGUACCUGCCAGUCUCUGAAUGAUGGUGAAUUGGAAGAACUUGUGGCCAGGAAGGCCAAUGGGAUCCUGGUUUGCGGCGGCCCAGCCGUGCUGCUCCGCGCCCCGGAGGCUGCCCAGUUCCUGCGGCAGCGGCACCGGCGAGCCUACCAGAUCUUCGAGGAGACCAAGCAAGGGCACCUGGAGAGGGAGUGCGUGGAGGAGCACUGCAGCAAGGAGGAGGCCCGGGAGGUCUUUGAGAACGACCCCGAGACGGAAUAUUUUUACCCGAAAUACUUGGCUUGUAUUCAGAAAUAUGGGUCGCCGUAUACAAGAAGUCCAGAUUUCCUUACAUGCGUUCAUAAUUUGCCAAACCAGUGUUCUCCUGAUCCUUGUCACAAAGAGGGGACCAUCAAAUGUGAAGAUCUGAAGGGGGACUUCUAUUGUGAAUGCAAGCAUGGCUGGCAGGGAAAAACAUGUGAAAAAGAUGUUGAUGAAUGCAGAGUGCAGAAUGGUGGCUGUAACCAGCUGUGCCUCAACCAGCUAGGCAGCUACCGUUGCUCAUGCUACAGCGGUUACACUCUUAAAGACAGCAAAACAUGUGAAGACAUAGAUGAAUGCACAGCAUCAGCAGACAUCUGUGGAGAAGCUCAUUGUAAAAAUUUAAUAAGUUCAUAUGAAUGUCUUUGUGAUGCAGGCUACAAGUAUGAUGACGUGAGAAAGACUUGUCAGGAUAUAAAUGAAUGUGAAGAAAAGCUCUGUGAACAGACCUGUGUCAACUCGCCAGGGAGUUAUACCUGUCAUUGCGAUGGCAGAGGGGGAGUAAAACUUUCCCAGGACAUGAAUACGUGUGAGAACAUAAUACCAUGUGUGCCUUUUGCUGUUGGAAAAAGUAUUAAAUCCUUGUACCUGGGGAGGAUGUUCAGUGGCACUCCUGUUAUCAGGCUGCGCUUCAAAAGGAGACAACUGACGAGACUUGUGGCUGAGUUCGACUUUAGAACCUUUGAUCCUGAAGGUAUCCUUUUCUUUGCUGGAGGCCAUCAAGACAGCACAUGGGUAGUCUUGGCUUUGCGCAAAGGACGGCUAGAGCUGCAGCUGAAAUACAACGGAAUAGGCCGCGUGACCAGCAGUGGACCGCUUAUCAACCAUGGCAUGUGGCAGACGAUCUCUGUUGAAGAACUCGAAAGAAGUUUGAUUAUAAAGGUCAACAGGGAUGCAGUUAUGAAAAUAGCUGUCUCAGGGGAUCUGUUUACUCUAGACAAAGGACUGUAUCAGCUGAAUUUGACAGUAGGAGGCAUUCCUUUCAAAACAAAGGACCUUAUUCUACCCAUAAACCCUCGGCUGGAUGGUUGCAUGCGGGGAUGGAACUGGCUGAAUGGGGAGGACACCUCUAUCCAAGAAACCAUAAAGAUGAAUGAAAAGAUGCAGUGCUUUUCUGUAGCAGGACGAGGGUCUUUCUAUCCUGGCCGAGGUUUUGCUGUGUUUAAUCUUACUUACGUGCAACCUUCUUCUGGAAAUGAAACCAAGACAAGCUGGGAAAUAGAAGUAAAUGCUGCAAUUCAACCAGCAACAGAUACUGGCGUGCUGUUCGCUCUAGUUACAGAAGAAGCAUCUGUGCCUUUAUCGCUAUCUCUAAUUGACUAUCACUCCACAAAGAAACUGAAACAACAGUUUGUCAUUGUGGCCUUGGAGAACACAGUUGUGUCCCGACUGGCAAUAAAUCUCUGCGAUAAGAAGGAACACUCUGUGGACAUCCUCCUCAAGGAAGAUCACUUAUCCCUGAGGGUAGAUGGGAUAGCAGGAGAGAGUGAACUAAGCGUCUCUGAGUUAGAGGACAGUCUGUCCAUCUUGGAGAGCUCUUUGCAGUCAACAGUGAAGACAUACGUGGGAGGAUUGCCAGAAAUUCCUGUCACUUCCACUCCAGUCACUGCAUCCUACCAUGGCUGCAUGACCAUCAAGCUGAGCAACAAGCCACUGGACUUAGACGAGGCUCUCUACAAGCACAGUGACAUCACCUCACACUCCUGUCCUCCAGUUGAGGCAGGUCAGUAGGUACCACUGCAAUGCGAAAGUUUUAUACUCGGAAACUUUCAAUGCUUUUCUUUUUUCUUUUUUUUUUUUUUUUAAAAAAAAAGAUAUAAAUUAUUCAGACCUACCGCACUGCGUGUAUAGUUUCUCUUAAACACUGAAGUUAUGUAGGAGCUACUGAUCCUUAUGUCAGAUUGAUUAUUGAAAUACUCCUUUGCUUUGAGGUUUAAAGGUUGUAAUAUAUUUGUAAAUAGUUCAGAAGACUAAUAUUAAAUAAGCCAAAAGUACAGAAUAUACUGAAAGUGAAUGUUAUGUUUAGACUGUAAGAGACAGUUUUAUCUGUAAUGUGGAAAAUCUGGUAAUAUAUGAGUGUGGACUGGAAGAAAAAUAAUAAUUCUGUAUUAUUUUUUAUUACCAAACACUGCUUUCUGAUUUGCAAAAUAUGAGAGAAUAAAAUAUUUACAUACAAGUUUUUAAUUUUCCUGUAAUGAGAUUAUGCUGUAUUCUGUUAUUUGGACAUAAUGACUCAGGCUAUGCCUGAUGUGAAGAUUACACUACGGGGGGGUGGGGUGGGGGGAUUGGGUUGAUUUGGCUUUUUGUUUGGAGAUGGGGGGUUUUAUGUGCUUAUGUCAGUAUUGUAUAUCUUCUGGGCUGGAGAGCAAAUGGUUGCUGCUAUUCUUACUGCUAGAGUUUCUCUUUCUGGUACCACAGAUAGAAGGACUCAGCCGUGACCUUUAGAAAAACUCUUGGUCAACAAAAAAUGGAAAACAAAGGUGGGUCAGCAGGAAACAGAAGAAAAGACUCAAUAAGUUAAAAGCCACAUGGCUUUUAUGUCAAUAACAGCUGAAGCAAAUGAUGAGGUGUCAAGAAUUGGGGAAUAUUAUCUGGCAAUGACAUAUUUUUGCUGCUUCAUUUUCAGGUUGGCUCAUUCACUGUGAGACUAGUGGGAGCAGAGAGGUUUGAAACUGUGAGAGUUAGCCAGGCUGAAUUGCAGUGUGGUGAGACUAUAUGUGGGGGGUUACACAUAAGAGGUUGUAGAGCCAUAAAGUACAUUCAACUUUAAAGCUAUCCUUGUGAAGUUGGGGUGGGCUUUGCAUAGCCUGCAUUGAGUCACUUAAAUUUUGCUUUAUUUGGUCUUUGUUUUGCAUCAGAUUAACGAACUGAGAAAGAUAGGUAUAUGCUGUGGUGGAAAUACAAAUACUGGGUGGCUAAGGUUACCCCAUGCUUCAGAGGGUUAACGUGGAAAAGGUCCAAUUCUACAAGGUCUUUUAUAAAUUGUUCCUGGUCAUUCUACAUCACGUUUUCCUAAUCAAAUACAGAGAUUAUAGAUUAGCCUAAUAAUCCAUAGAUGGGACAACAUCUGUGACCAAGCUGUAGAGAUCUAACUGUUC